UUCGCUUUCAGUCACCAGCUAGAGCGCAGGGGAGCCACUAGAUCUCCAGGCGCAACGGCGGGAGCCACCACCGCCCCUAUGGCGCCCGCCACCCUCUGGGUCGCUCUGGUCAUCGGACUGCAGCUAUGGGCCACCGGGCACACCGUGCCUACCCAGAUUACCUUGACACCCUACAUGCCAGAACCUGGAGUCACGUGCCAGGACCCAAAGGAAUACUAUAACAACAACGUUCAGAUGUGCUGUGCCGCAUGUCCUCCCGGCCAGCAUGUGAAACACUUCUGCACCAAAACCUCAGACACAGUGUGCUCCGACUGUGAGGACGGCACGUACACCAAGCUCUGGAACAGGCUCUCCACGUGCCUGAGUUGUGGUUCUCGCUGUGGCUAUGACCAGGUGAAGACCCGUGCGUGUACUAAACAACAGAACCGAGUAUGUGCCUGCAAAGCUGACAUGUACUGUGCCUUGCAAACCAAUACUGACAGCUGUCGACAGUGCAUGAGGCUGAGCAAGUGUGGUCCUGGAUUUGGAGUGGCCAGUACAAGAUCUGCAAAUGGAAACGUGGUGUGCAGGGCCUGUGCCCCAGGGACAUUCUCUGACAUCACAUCAUCCACAGAUGUGUGCAGGCCCCACCGCAUAUGUAGCAUCCUUGCCAUUCCUGGAAAUGCAAGCACAGAUGCAGUCUGUGCACCUGAGUCCCCAUCCCCAAGCACCGUCUCAGGAAUAGUCUACAUGCCUCAGCCAGAGGCCACAAGAUCCCACCCCCUGGAGCCAGAGCCAGAGCCCAGCCAAACUCCAACCACCAUCUCUGUCUUUGUCAAAAGUGAACCGAGCACCAAGGGUGGUAUCUCUCUUCCAAUUGGUCUGAUCGGUGGAGUGACAGCUCUGGGUCUGCUGGUGUUAGGGCUGGUGAACUGCCUCAUCCUGGUGCAGAAGAAAAAGAAGCCCUCCUGCCUACAAAGAGAAGCCAAGGCGCCUCACCUGCCCGAUGAGAAGUCCCUGGGUGCCACAGGCCUAGAGCAGCAGCACCUGUUGACCACAGCACCCAGUUCCAGCAGCAGCUCCCUGGAGAGCUCAGCCGGCGUUGGUGACAGGAGGGUGCCCGCUCGAAGCCAGCCCCAGGCAGCGGCUGCAGAGGAGACCCGAGGGUCUCAGGAGGCCUGUGCAGGCUCCCGGAGUUCAGUGGAAAGGUCAGGCCCACUGGCUAGUGGGGCAACAGAAGUAAACAUGAACAUGAAUUUGGUUGUUAACUCAGAGCAGCCCAACUGCCCUGGAGGCCAUGAGAAUCCGAGCAGGCUCCUUAAUCCCAUGAGCCUCCGUUUCCUCAUCUGCUGCAGCGACUGUUGUGCCCGGUGCUUGCCAGUGCUCAUGCAACCGUCCCUGCCUGCAGCACCCCUGCCUGCUGUCUACCCACGGGAGCACUCGUGUCUGCUUCUGUUUUUGCCAUCUGAGUCCCCAGCCUCACCAGCACGUGAUGACUUGUCAGUGCCCCUCAGUACAAGCUGA